UACAUUCGAUUUUUCUAAAAAAAAUUGUGAAUAAAAGUGUUGUGUUUAUUAGUGAAGUGAAAAAAAGUGAAAUCAUGGCUCGUACAAAGCAAACUGCCCGUAAAUCGACUGGUGGAAAAGCCCCACGUAAGCAACUGGCAACAAAGGCAGCUCGUAAAAGUGCUCCAGCAACAGGAGGUGUAAAGAAACCACAUCGUUAUCGUCCUGGAACAGUGGCUCUUCGUGAGAUUCGUCGUUAUCAGAAAAGCACCGAAUUGUUAAUUCGUAAAUUGCCUUUCCAACGUUUAGUUCGUGAAAUUGCUCAAGAUUUCAAAACAGAUUUGCGUUUCCAGAGCUCAGCUGUUAUGGCGCUUCAAGAAGCAAGUGAAGCUUAUUUGGUUGGCCUGUUUGAAGACACAAAUUUGUGCGCCAUCCAUGCCAAACGUGUCACAAUUAUGCCAAAAGACAUUCAAUUGGCCAGACGCAUCCGUGGCGAACGUGCUUAAAUCAUCGAGGUUAAAAAAAAUAUUCAACGGUCCUUUUCAG